UGAUAAUCAACAUCAAAAUGAAGGUUCUUGCUGUGUUUUUCGUUUCUUGCGUAGCCAUCGCUGUGGGAUCUGAUCUUGUGAUUUACGACUCGACAUCUCAGCCUAAAUGCACGCUGGUUGGACCACGUACAAGGAGAAACGAUUGUCGCUGGCAUGCAGGUCUAGACAUGGCGGACCAAAUCAUUGAGGGAGGUCGCAUCAUUGCGUACAAGAUCCAGUGGUUUAAUGGAAACUGGUCUGGAUGGUUCGUUCCUGGCUUGAACGACCUUGACAUUAAGUUCAACAUCUACGCCUCCCCAUGCACCCCUCCAGUCAAGGCAAAAUCGUUGAGAAGAUGGUGGUCCUAUUUCUACGACCACAAUCACCAGUUCAUCAUUUGUACGCCGAAUUAAUCUGAAGUGCACGCAACAAAAUGACAACUUAAAUUUGCUUUUAUACUUGGACUUUUAAAUAAUCCUGUAUUCCAUCAUCAGCCUGUGUAUUCCAAUAUU